ACAACAGCCUCUUUAAAAACCAGAAUCUCCACCCUUACUGACCACUUCAGCGCCAGCAUCCUGCCCAGAAAAGACACAGUUAGCCAAAAUGAUCCCUGGAGGUUUAACUGAAGCCAAACCUGCCACUCCAGAAAUCCAGGAGAUUGCUAACACGGUUAAACCACAGCUUGAAGAAAAAACAAAUGAGAAGUAUGAAGAAUUUACAGCUAUAGAAUAUAAAACUCAAGUGGUUGCUGGAAUAAAUUACUACAUUAAGAUACGAACAGGUGAUAAUCGUUAUGUUCACAUUAAAGUAUUCAAAAGCCUUCCUCAACAAAGUCAUUCUUUGAUACUUACUGGCUACCAAGUUGACAAAACCAAGGAUGAUGAGCUGGCCGGCUUCUAGCAGCAUGUUCCUAAAGUGGUCGAUUCUUUCCUCUGGCACCUGAUUAAUGACUCCUGCUAAUAAUAAAUGUAGCUAUCAAUAAAGAAGCAUUCCUUUUCCAAUAAAUUAAUCUCUUCAACUA